AUGAUUUUUAAGAAAGUAUCAAUUGAUUCCUCUUUGCUGAAAAGAUUGAGUAAAGAAGGGUUAGUAUCUAUUGAAGUCGCCAAAACUAGCGAUGUAAAGAUAUUAAACAAAGACAAUGUGGAAAAUAGUACAAACAAAAAUAGCGAUUUGAAAAAGAAAAAAAGUAAUAAUAAACUCAGUAAAAUUACAAAAAAAACAAUUACAAAGAAAUCAAAAGAAAAAAAAAAAAACAAUAAAGUAAUCAAAUCUGUAAAAUCAAAUGAAAGAUUUAAGACGAUUGAUGAUGACCAUAAAGAUCGCACAAAGACUAAAAUAGAAGUAAAAAAAAAAAUAAAAAAAGUGCGAGAGAAAAAAAAAAAAAUAAAAAUAAAAAUAAAUAAAAAUUUAUGUGAAAAAAAAGGAAAUGAUAUAGAACCAAAAAAUUAUGAUAAAAAUAUUACUGAGGAAACUAACGAAGAAAAUAGCAUAAAGGAGGUUGAACAAAAAAAGAAAAAAAUCUUUGAUAUAGAACAAAUUAUAAAAAAUGAAGAAAAUUUUAAAAAAAUAAAAGAAAUAAAAUAUAAAAUACAUUGCUCUAAAUGGAAUAAAAAUAACGAAUUGAAUAUAUCUCAUAAUAUAAUCAAAUCGUUAUAUGAUCAUAAUUUUUAUAGCCCUAGAGAAAUACAAAGUAAAACAUUGAAACAUUCUAUAAAUGAAAAAAAAGACAUAAUUGUUGUAUCAAAAACGGGAACAGGAAAAACGCUAACAUUUUGUUUGCCUAUAUUAAGCAAUAUAUUACAAAAUAAGUUAAAAGAAUUUCAUACCAAAAAUAGCCAAAUAAAUAAUAGCGCAAAAAAAACAAAUAAAAAAGCAGGGCAAAAAUUUAGAUGCCUAGUAUUAGUCCCAACACGUGAAUUAGCUGUCCAAAUAUUAAAUCAUUUUAAUUAUGUUAAUAAAUAUAUUAAUAUAUAUAUUAUAACAAUUAUAGGAGGUUUAAAUAUUAAUAAACAACUGAGACUGAUAUCAAAGAAACCAGAAAUUAUUAUUUGCACUCCCGGUCGACUAAAAUAUUUUUUGCAAUUAGAAGAUAAAAUUAAUUAUUUAUAUAACAUGAAAAAUGUAAGAUAUUUUGUUUGUGAUGAAGUAGACAAAAUGAUUGAAACAUCUUUUAUAAAUGAUAUCCAUUUUAUUUCAAAACACUUAUAUAAGUGUGUGGAUGAAAAAAAAAAAUUUAUUCAAACAUUUUUAUUAUCAGCAACAUUGAGUUUAACAGUUCAAUUACACAAUGAAAAUCUAGCUAAGCUAUUAAAUUAUAUUUCCAUAAGAAAAGAUAAAUCAUAUAUAAUUGAUUUGACAAAUGAAAAGGAUCAUAAUCAAAACAAAAUUGCAAUUUCUAAUAAUAAUGAUAUAAAUUAUAACAAGACAACGUUUUUACCUGACCAUUUAACGCUAAAUAUAAUUAAAUGUGAAAAAAAAAUUAUUUUACAUAAACUUUAUUAUUUGUUAAAAUUAUAUAUUUUAAAGGAUUUACCAACUAAUAAAGAAAAUCAAGUUAAAAAAAUUAUUAUAUUUCUUAAUACUAUUAAAUUAGUAAAGGAUGUUAGUACAAUAUUUAAAUACUUAUUUUUUGAGCCUGGUUUAGAAUCAUCUUUACCAAAUAAAUAUAAAACAAAUUUAUUUUUGUCUAAAAAAAUUAAUAUAUAUUCAAUACACUCUAAACAAAAAUUAAAAGAAAGAAUUCAAAGUAUAUCAAAAUUUACAGAAUCAAAUAAUAGUUCGAUUCUAUUUUGUACUGAUGUUAUGAGUCGAGGAAUAGAUUUAAAUAAAUGUGAUUUAAUUAUUCAGCUUAAUUGUCCAAUUUCAGACAUUACAUUUAUUCAUAGAUCUGGUCGAACUGCUAGAAACUUGAAAUCAGGUGAAUGUAUUUGUUUUAUCACAGAUGAUGAAAUAUCUAAAUGGAAUAUUUCACUCAAAAAAAUCGGUUUGAAUUUAGAAAAUCUUAAGGAAUAUGAAAAUGUCAAAACCAUAGCAAAUAAUGAGUUCUCAAAAAUAAAUAAAGCAAUUGGAUAUUGUAAUGAAAUAUUACAAUUACAAAAUAAAAUAAAAAGUAAUAAAGAAAAAUCGAAUUUAAGUAAACUAGCCAAAGAUGCAGAAUUAUCAAAUGAUGAUGAUAUAACUUCAGAUUCAGACAAUCCAUUUCCUAAAAAAACAAAUGAACAUAUUUUUAAAAAUUUAUUUCGUUUAAAAAAACAAUUAUAUAAUACACUUUACCACAAAUAA